AUGCAGCAGUCGCCGAAGAACAGACGAUCCGUCCAUCCUGUGGACCUUUUGCGAACGCUCGAGUACCCUCAGCUCGCGGGUAAAACGUACCUCGAUCAUGCUGGAACGACACUGUGGGCGAAGUCGCUUAUAGACGAGUUCGCUCAGCAGAUGGGAUCAACGCUAUAUGGCAACCCACAUUCCGAACAUGAAUCCUCGAAGCGAGCAGAGACAAGAGUUGAGGAAACCAGACGAAAGGCUCUACAAUUCUUCAACGCCGAUCCUGAAGAAUGGGAUCUAGUCUUCACCGCGAAUGCCACGGCUGCGAUUAAGCUUGUGCAUGACUGUUUUCGGGACAGUGCGGAAACUCAAAGACGAACGUGGUGGUACGGAUACCACAAAGACGCUCACACAUCGGUCGUUGGACUUCGUGAAGGAACCCGAACGCAUCGAUGCUACCGCUCGGAUAAAGAGGUCGAACUAUGGAUAGAGGCCCGUGGGCUGGGAGGAGCUCAGCCGCGGGAUAUCGGUCUGUUUGCAUACCCAGCCCAGAGCAACAUGACCGGUCGACGACUACCUCUUGACUGGCCAGGUCGUAUCCGCGACCGAGUUCGGGCAGAGGUAUUCACUUUGCUGGAUGCAGCAGCACUGGUCUCGACUGCUCCCCUUGACAUCGGAGCACUUUCCGAAAAGUCAACUGCUCCCGACUUUGUGUCUCUCUCUUUCUACAAAAUCUUUGGAUUCCCAAACCUUGGCGCUCUCCUGGUCAAGAAGUCUGCGAGUAGGAUUUUGCAAGGCCGCAAGUUCUUUGGUGGUGGUACUGUUGACAUGGUGAUCUGCAUGAACGAUCAUUGGGUGUCGAAGAAGAGUGGCGAGGUCCAUGAGGUCCUUGAGGAUGGCACUCUUCCUUUUACGUCCAUCUUUGCUCUUGACAUUGCAAUUGACACGCAUCGCAAGAUAUAUGGAGACUCACCCAUGCAAUACAUCUCCUCACAUACAUCACGCUUGACAAGACUGCUUUUCGAGGAUCUUAUGACUUUACGACAUUCAAACGGCACCUCAGUUAUCCAAGUUUACAACGACAACAGCGCCAGCUACGGGGAUUCCGCAACACAGGGCGGAACCAUCGCACUCAACAUCCAAAAGCCAUGUGGAGCAAUCAUAUCGUAUCAGAUUGUCGAGAAGGAAGCAAACGCAGCGGGGAUCCACAUCCGAGGAGGCUCGCUAUGCAACCCAGGAGGAGUAGCAUCUUACCUUGGCUGGCAACCCGAGGAACUCCUAGCCGCUUAUGACGAAGGACACAGAUGUUCCAAGCCCAUCUCGGAAAUGUUUGGAAAGCAGCUCGGAGUUGUGAGAGUAUCCCUGGGAGCUAUGAGUAACGAGCAAGACAUUGACACCUUUGUGCGCUUUGUCCAAGAGACUUAUGUCGAUCGAGUCUUCGUCGAGGACCAACCCAAGCCGGUAGCAGUCGCGAUGCCGAUGAUGACGGAUAUGCCAAUGGGCGCCCCAUUCGCAGCAGCAGCUCGACCGCCAUCGUCUAGAAGCAUGGUCGCCCCUAGAGCGGCGCAGCGCAGCGAUAUGUCGGGCACGGUGAUGCAGGUCGACAACUACAAAGACGAGUACUUUGUGUCGAGGAAGAAGUCAUCGGAUUGGAAGCGUAAAAGCUUCGAAGUUCCGGGCAGCGUCAAGAGCAGAGGCAGCGCCAUGAAAAGAUUUGGGUACUCGCUCCGGAACGCGAUGCCGAAAUUUCAGUCGGAUAAUCUUUUGAAUCGACAGGCUACUGUUGUAGAGUAG